AUGCCACCAUACCACCCCUCAACACACGGCGUCCACGCCGACGACCGCAUCAACGUUGUCACCGACGUCGCCCCUCCAAUUCACACGUCAACCACAUUCCGGUAUCCCCACGACCCAUCUAAACUCCAGCCCGUUCCCACAGAAGGCGAAUUCGUCGACCUGCAAACACCUUUGAUCUACUCGCGACUCGCAUCCGCCAGCACGAACCGCCUGGAAACCAUUCUCGCCCCACUCUUCUACCCAGAUGCCAAGGAAGAAGAACUGGACGGGAGUGAGGGGCUAGCGAACCACAUUGUCAGUUAUUCGAGUGGGCUGAGCGCUUUCCACGCUCUGCUCGUCAAUCUCGUGCCGAAAGUCAUUGCGAUUAGUGGCGGUUAUCACGGCUGCCAUGGCGUAAUCGACCUGCACAAGAAGAUGCACGGCGUCAAGACUGUAGACCUGCACGCUGAUGAUGCUGCCUGGGACGCCGCUGGCCUGGGAAAAGGCGACUUGGUUCAUCUGGAAACACCCUUGAAUCCCACUGGCGAAGCCUUUGAAAUCGCGAAAUACGCAGCGCGAGCGCACAAGCGUGGUGCUUUUCUUAGUGUUGAUGCUACAUUUGCGCCACCGGGAUUGCAAGACCCUUUCUUAUGGGGCGCAGAUAUUGUUAUGCAUUCUGGUACCAAAUAUAUUGGGGGGCAUAGCGAUAUGCUUUGUGGUAUCCUAGCUACAGCAAAAGGAGCAGAGGGUUUAAAGACAGCGAAGACGAUGCGUGCGGAGAGGAUUUUCCUUGGUGCGGUCCUGGGUAGUCUUGAAAGCUGGCUCGGCGUGAGAAGUCUACGGACGUUGAACCUGCGUGUUCAACGUCAGAGUGGUAACGCGGACAAGCUUGUCCACUGGUUACACUCAUCCCUCACCAGCAAAGAUGCAUCAGAUCACGACGCAGUCAGCAAAGUCGUUGCGAAAAUCGCCCAUGCAAGUCUACAGACCUCGGAUAUGCACUGGCUCAAACAACAAAUGCCUAAUGGUUUCGGCCCCGUCUUCAGCAUCUACAUGAAGGACAACCACCUCGCACGAAUCUUACCGUCUAGACUUCGCCUUUUCCACCACGCGACUAGUUUGGGAGGUGUGGAGAGUCUGAUUGAGUGGCGCAGGAUGAGCGAUGCGGAUGUGGAUGAGAGGUUGUUGAGAGUUAGUGUGGGAGUGGAGAGUUGGGAGGAUCUGAAGGAUGAUUUGUUGGAGGCGUUCAAAGCAUUGGCUAGUGGUGAGGAACGUAGGAAGGAAGGAGGUGGUGACGGGGAGGUGCAGGUUGGACAGGCGGGGGCAAAAAUGCCGGAGGCGGGGGCUGGCGCUGUGUGA